UAGCAUUUGCUGGGAUUUUUCGGCACAGGCUUCUGAACGAAUGUCAUAGUGCUAAGAUAAGAAUUUGGGAAAUUACCGCAAGUGAAGAUGAUGUAUUAAUUACAAAUCUAUGGAUGAUAUUCCAACGUCAUUACCAUCACUUAGUGGAAAUUUCGUGUAGAUCAGUCGGUCGAAUUUAUUCCAGUGUCGAAAAGAAGACACCGCCAACCUACCUUGCUCGCUCGUUUGUCACACAUCGCCGAUAGAUUUGUUCGGUCCGUCGUCUUUUUUUAGCCAGUGACGUCAGGAUUAACAUUUUUGAAAAGAAAAAUCCCAACUAUGUCUCAGUUCAGGUAGCUCCAAUCACACCUCUAAGACAUUGAGUAAGGAUCUGUCCCGAUCUGUAUUAGUGUCUUCUGGUGAGGAGACAGAUUCACUCAGCACAGACGCCUCUGUCUGUAGCAUGAACGAUAGGCAAUAUAGAAUGGCGCAUUCUCAACAGAAGAUGCCCCCUGCACCCUCUGCAAUGAAGCCCGGUGGCGGUAGCAGCUGUCAGGCCAAGUUCCUGAGCCAGUUCAACAGCGUGGACGUCGGCGACACGCACUUCCUCAUCCUGAAACGCUACCAGAGCCUGCGAUCGGUGGGGUCGGGUGCGCAGGGGCUGGUGGUAGCUGCCUACGACACUGUAACAAAGCAGAACGUUGCAAUAAAGAAGUUAAGUCGACCGUUCCAGAAUGUCACCCAUGCCAAGAGGGCGUACCGAGAACUCUUACUCAUGAAGACGUGCAAUCAUAAAAACAUUAUCGGCCUCCUAAAUGUUUUCUCGCCACAAAACACAUUCGAUGAGUUCAGCGACGUGUACCUGGUGAUGGAGUUGAUGGAUGCUAGCCUGAGCCAGGUCAUCCAGAUGGACCUGGACCAUGAGCGGCUGUCCUAUCUCCUCUACCAGAUGCUGUGCGGCAUCAAACACUUACACUCUGCAGGGAUCAUCCAUAGGGAUUUAAAACCUAGCAACAUAGUUGUCAAGUCGGAUUGUUCACUGAAGAUUCUGGAUUUCGGCCUAGCCCGCACGGCUGGCACGACAUUUAUGAUGACCCCCUACGUAGUCACUAGAUAUUACAGAGCACCAGAAGUCAUUCUAGGCAUGGGCUAUAAAGAAAAUGUUGAUAUCUGGUCGAUUGGUUGUAUAUUUGGCGAGAUGAUUCGCGGCCAAGUGAUGUUCCCAGGAAUGGAUCACAUCGACCAGUGGAACAAGAUCAUUCAACUCCUGGGCAGUCCCUCGCAGAAAUUCAUGCAGCGCUUGCAGCCCACCGUCCGUACUUACGUGGAGAACAGGCCCAAGUACCAAGGUCACGCCUUCGAAUCUCUCUUCCCGAAUGAGCUGUUCCAGCGGGAGCAGAGCUUGACGGAACCUCAGAAAUUGAACGCCAACAUGGCAAGGAAAUUGUUGUCCAGGAUGCUAGUAAUAGACCCAGCGGAGAGAAUAUCGGUAGACGAAGCCCUGGAACACCCCUAUAUCAAUGUAUGGUACGACCCGGCAGAAGUGGAAGGGCCGGUGCCUAUCACUUACGACCACUCAAUAGAUGAGAGAGAACACACCGUGGAGCAGUGGAAAGCCCUUAUAUACCAGGAGGUCAUGUCAUAUAUGUGUAAAAAUGGGGUCUACGUCGGCGCAGAAAACUGCAGAGAAUCUGAUUCCAUGGAGGACUGCGGAUCUGAACUCGACAUCGCCCUGGCAGCAGCAGCAGGCAUGACAACGGGUGCGUCACACAAUGCAUCUCAUGGUGCGGCACACGGUGUGACACAGUCUGCCUCCAACUGCGCCUCCAACAGUAUGUACAAUGACCAUGGCCCACACUAGCCAUGCAUGUACGGAACAACCACUACUAAAUUAAUACUUUUAAGGACAUGUAUAACCCCCCAGUUCAACAUGUAACGUAUAUUACAGACAUUGGAGGUCAUUUGCAUAUGACCUUUAACCUUGAGGACUACCUACUGAAUAUUGAACUUUAAAAAAAAAAAAGAAGAAAGUGACGGUGCUUGUAUAAAAAAUUCGCUGUGACGUACAGGGAUAUCUCUUUGAGUUAGAGUGGAAGUGCAUUGUAAAAUGUACGACCUGUACUCGAUUGACCUGAACAUAUCUUUGCAUGGUGGAUUGCUCUGCCAUCCAUCAACGCAGAGGAGGUAAAUAUGUGAAUGGCUGUGUGUGUGUGUGUGCUGUAAACAAGAAAAUAAUUCAUUGUGCACUGCAUGUCGAUUACUCCUCCAACCUAUGCUGACGAAUUCUGUUGGGCAUGUUUUUUUUUUUCAAGUUUGAAAAACGACUUUAGAAAAGGUCCUUAUAUUCUCUUUUUCAUGCCCUCGGACAUUUCAUAAGGGAAAUACAUCGAAGUGUCCAAGAAAUCAUCAAAUCCUGCAAAAGUCUGGAGUUUCUGAUCAAUACUGAUAUUUUCUGUUAAAGCUGCCGUGGUGUCCUUUAACGUACACGUACCUCCAUGUCACAGUGGAGAUCCUUAUUCCCUGCAAAAGUUUCCAAAUUCAGCCCCGUUUAAACAAUUACUUGAUCUUGUGCACAGAAUGCAAACAUUAGACAUGAGAGAAGUUUCAUCAAAGAAUAAAAACCUCCCUCAAACUCAAGGCCGAUUUCAUCGGUGGACUGAACAGACUGGUUCUCUGCUGUCAUCAUUCUGUGCUUAACAAAGAAGAAUCCCUGUGUUUGCAAUCUGUCGCGUACAGAAAAUGGCAGUGCCUAUGACAGGCGUAGAUAUUUCAGCUGUUGGAAUAAAUUAUCGCCAAAUGGUAUCUUAAGGUGAGAAAUAAUUAUGAUCAAGUUUAUCACUGUAAGAUAUUCCAAUGAAGUGAACAGGUUGGACUGCUCGUUGAUUUGCCAGCAUGGAGUAAAAUACAAGUCCUCAGAACAGGUGACAGAAGGCAUGGCACGUUUGCAGUUGCAGGCAGUACAGUGAUUUCCACACAAAACAUGUCUGCUGCCCUCUCGUGUCCAAUGUAUCCCCCACUGUGUGGUGAUGUUGACAUCAACCUGGCAUUAACUGAAUUGUGGCCACCCCCAGCCCCUUGUUUGGUUGCAGCACUGAAGUGUUAUAAUACCGCCCUCGUGAGUUUCACACCUGCCAUUGUUGAAGACGAGAGUGAUCCUUCUGCGCGUGGUCAUGAAACGCAAGACUGUCCUUUGUUUUUAUAUAUACAUACAUAUAUAUAUAUAUGAUGGUAAUAGUUAUUUAAAAUGUAUUUCCUGCAGUUUUUUACAAGUCCACGUUUGCAAAUUAUCGCGUGAACCAUGCCUGUAACUCAUUUUUUCUCAUUACGGCUGCAAAUUUGUGGCUUUUUGGCUGGACAUAAUUACCGAUCGUGUGAGUUGGCCUUCCACAGGAUACAUUAAAAACUUUUGUGGUAAUUAUUACAAUCCGUUUAAAAAUGUGAACAACUCUAAAAUGCCCCUGAUAUUUUGGGGGGAUAUUUGUGGACCCUGUUUUCUGUGGGAAAAAAGCUAACAAACCAGGGAGAUAUACUUGAAAAACACUUUGUAAUCGUCAUUGUUGUGGAACCAGAACUAGAUAUUUUUUUUUAAUUAUUAUUAAAUAGUACAGCAUUAAUUUUGUAGCCACAACUGUAAUGUUCGGUACCUUCAUUUGAAAUGUGUCUCUUGGCAACUUGGUGUGAGUGUGGCUUUUUUCCAUUGACCCUUUGAGAACAUUUAAAGGGCCAGACAACCCAAGCAGGGGUAUAAUGCAGAGGUUUAUUAGCAUCUCGCCCAGUUAUUAUUUUUUUGUAUGACCACUGGUGUGCAAGAUUCAUUCUUGUUUCAAUACGGCAAGCCCGUUUCUAUCCAUUUGCAGUUGUAUACGGAACCUUGAAAUUCACGAUAAGUGAUGUAAUUGUGACAAUACCUGUUGUGCACAUUUUUUUUAGUCAGUUAAUACAUUUUUCUUCUCAUUCCAAACAACUAAAAUAGGCAGAGCUCCUGACUCUGCAAAUUGAUGGAACAAAAUGUUCACUUUUAAAGCAAAUGAUAGUGUAUGGUUCUGUUUGACACACUAGGGAGUUGUACAUGUACAUGUUAUUUGUGGAGGGUGGAUGCUGACAGAGUCUUUUAACCCUGAAACAGCCGGGUAAUUUUUGGCCAUCUCACAGGGGAGGGGGAUUCUUUCCUCCCCCCAAGAACUCGGCUGUGCCUCACUCUCUUUUUUUGAAACUUGGAAACUAAAGGACACUCCUUUUCAUUACAAAUGUGAAGUAUUGAACUCAGUCAGACAUGUGGUUGUGGUGUUAAGGUCGUUUGAAGUUCAAGGCAUCAUUUGUGCCAGCCAGAGUGGGUUGAUCCGCAGUGGAAGAGUAUACAUUUUUGACUGAGCCGCCUUGGGAAAAAUGCACGCUGCACAAAGACGGGCAUCUUUGAUUUUGAGGAAUGACAGCCAAGAGUUACUCAAAAAUUCAUAAAGGCUCUACUCCUGAAAAGAAAUGCACAGCUGUGAUAUCGGGAAAAAUGUUGAAGAUUCUCCCAACCCGGCUCUUUAAGGGUUAAAGUGAUGAAGGUUGCAUUAUGUAUUUUUCAGCUCAAAGCUCAUUCCAGAAACAGAUUUGAAAAGUUGGUGCAACUGUUGCCAGGAUUUUUGUUGAACACAGGGUUGGAUGUUGAAGAGUGGGAGUGAGUUGCCAAUUACUUUUUUUUUUUUAAACUCGCUUAUUGUCUUCCGAUCGAAAUCAUUUGAGAAAGAAUGAAUUUAUGCCAACUUAAUGAUGGUGUCUUUACUGAUUGUGGUUGUUAUGGUUACUGGCCUAUGAAUUCCUCCCGAUUUACCCUAAAAUUGAUGGAGCUUGAACCGCAUAAAAACUCCACAUCCAAUCUGAUGCUCACUUGUGAUUGCGUCAUGUAAUCAAUUAUGAAGCAGAAGCAAUUGAAAUCAUCUUCGGGUUAUGUUGGCAUGUUUGGUGAUGCUGUGGCCAUCUUGGUCUGGUUACCUAACUUCAGGAUGUAUAAUGUUACUAAGAUGAUCAGUCCUGAUGGGUGCCAGUAUGUUUUGGUCAUGGACCCCCCAAACUCACGCAUAAACUUGUACUUAAGAGAUAUGACAACUAGAUCCAGUGGGAAAAAUCUCCAUUGUGGGUAUAGAAAUGGAAGAACGGGGUCAGUUAUGCGACCCAAAAGUUUCUGAAAGCUGGGAUUGUUGUACCCCAGUCCACUUUUAAAUUGAAAAGUAUUGAGUAUUUCCUAGUCUGUUCAGCUUCUCAUGUUGAGAUUAUCCAAUGAAGAUGUCCGAUAAAUGACAAGUAAAGUGUUAACGCACCAUUUCACACAACAUCUUUUGCCUGCAUUGCAUUGUGGUAGGGCUUCAUUGAUACAUAUUUGAGACCAUUAAGAGAAAAGUAAACUGUUUGCA